UGGCCGCGGGACCAGAGUGCCGCCCUGAGGCCUGUAGAGGGCACGACACCCUCGACCGCGCCGCCGCGCCCCCCAGCCCAGCACGUCUUUUCGGAGCCUGGAUUUUCUCUCCUGCUCACAGAGAUUAGGGACACCUCCCGGGAAAUCACCGAACCGUCCCCAGAUUCGUCAGCGCCACAGCAACAUCCUCAGAGUCUGAGCGAACUGCGCCCAGCCUAGGCAUUGAGAGCCUCCCACCGCCAGCAACCUGCGGCCGGAGUGAAGACAGGGAGGGCAGUGACAGCGCCUCGCCUCCACUAGUCCGCAGACCACCAUGGCCAAGAACCGCAGGGACAGAAACAGUUGGGGUGGAUUUUCAGAAAAGACAUGUGACUGGAGUUCAGAAGAGGAGGAGCCAGUGAAAAAGGCAGGACCUGUCCAAGUCCUCAUUGUCAAAGAUGAUCAUUCCUUUGAGUUAGAUGAAGCUGCAUUAAAUCGGAUCCUUCUCUCUGAGGCUGUCAGGGACAAAGAAGUAGUUGCGGUAUCUGUUGCUGGAGCCUUUAGAAAAGGAAAGUCAUUUCUGAUGGACUUCAUGUUGCGAUACAUGUACAACCAGGAAUCAGUUGAUUGGGUUGGAGAUUACAAUGAACCAUUGACUGGAUUUUCAUGGAGAGGUGGGUCUGAACGAGAAACCACAGGAAUCCAGAUAUGGAGUGAAGUCUUCCUUAUCAAUAAAGUUGAUGGUAAAAAGGUUGCAGUGUUAUUGAUGGAUACUCAGGGGACCUUUGAUAGUCAGUCAACUUUGAGAGAUUCCGCCACAGUAUUUGCCCUUAGUACAAUGAUCAGCUCAAUACAGGUAUAUAAUUUAUCCCAAAAUGUCCAGGAGGAUGAUCUUCAGCAUCUUCAGCUUUUCACUGAGUAUGGCAGGCUGGCAAUGGAGGAAACAUUCCUGAAGCCGUUUCAGAGUCUGAUAUUUCUGGUUCGAGACUGGAGUUUCCCAUAUGAAUUUUCAUAUGGAGCGGAUGGUGGUGCAAAAUUCUUGGAAAAACGCCUCAAGGUCUCAGGGAAUCAGCAUGAAGAACUACAGAAUGUUCGAAAGCACAUCCAUUCCUGUUUCACCAACAUUUCCUGUUUUCUGCUACCUCACCCUGGCUUGAAAGUAGCUACCAAUCCAAACUUUGAUGGAAAACUGAAAGAAAUAGAUGACGAAUUCAUCAAAAACUUGAAAAUACUGAUUCCUUGGCUACUUAGUCCUGAGAGCCUAGAUAUUAAAGAGAUCAAUGGAAAUAAAAUCACCUGCCGAGGUCUGGUGGAAUACUUCAAGGCUUAUAUAAAGAUCUAUCAAGGUGAAGAAUUACCACAUCCCAAAUCCAUGUUACAGGCUACAGCUGAAGCUAACAAUUUAGCAGCUGUUGCAACUGCCAAGGACACAUACAAUAAAAAGAUGGAAGAGAUAUGUGGUGGUGACAAACCAUUUCUGGCCCCUAAUGACCUGCAGACCAAGCAUCUGCAGCUUAAAGAAGAAUCUGUGAAGCUGUUCCGAGGAGUGAAGAAGAUGGGUGGGGAAGAAUUUAGCCGGCGUUACCUGCAGCAGUUGGAGAGUGAAAUAGAUGAACUUUACAUUCAAUAUAUUAAGCACAAUGAUAGCAAAAACAUCUUCCAUGCAGCACGCACCCCAGCCACACUGUUUGUUGUCAUCUUUAUCACAUAUGUGAUUGCUGGUGUGACUGGAUUCAUUGGUUUGGACAUCAUAGCAAGCCUAUGCAAUAUGAUAAUGGGACUGACCCUAAUCACCUUGUGCACCUGGGCAUAUAUCCGGUACUCUGGAGAAUACCGAGAACUGGGUGCUGUAAUAGACCAGGUGGCUGCGGCUUUGUGGGACCAGGGAAGUACAAAUGAGGCUUUAUACAAGCUUUACAGUGCAGCAGCAACCCACAGACAUCUGUAUCAUCAAGCUUUUCCUGCACCAAAGUCAGAAUCUACUGAACAAUCAGAAAAGAAGAAAAUUUAAUCCAAAAUUUAAAAUACAGGUGCAUGACCAAUUGUCAGUUAAAUAUUGUUUUUUGGUUCCAUGCAAUCAUUCAAAAUGCUUCCAUCAGAACAGUAAAAUACCAAACACCUCUGAGGACUGCAAAAUGGUUUUGUUCUUUUACUCCAGUGUUUAAUAAAAAGAUGUAUGUAUGCAUGGUUAUAUCAUUUUGUUAACAUGUACAGUUUCCUGAUUUUUUUCUUUAAAUAUGCUGUUAUAAUUUAAGGUAUUUGUAUAUUUAUGAUGACAGUACAAGUGUUCUGCUUGAAUUUACUAAAUUCUACUACUGGGUUAUAAUUAAACCAUGCAGUGAUAUUACUCCAUGUAUGGAUAUGCUCAUUUAAUUUCUACAGAAAAGAUUUAAAAUUAUUUCAUAUGGCUAUUUCUUUAAAAAUACAGCAUCAUAAUUCAGCAAGCUUGAUUUAUCUACCUAAUCUUACACAUACCACAAGCUCUUAAUUAUUUUUAAAUACAAUUAAGGGCUUUUCAGUUGCUUUACCAAAAACUAUGUAUUGCUUUUUAUAUUAUGAUUUAAUAUACAAUGUAAACCACUUGAUCAACAAUGCACAAAAAAUCACUUUGUAUAUGUAUUUGAGUUUCACUGUAUUGUAUAUUUUUUCAUUUGUUACAUAAGAAAUGUAUUCUUCACAGGUUUAUUCUUUUAACAUGUGAACUAUUAAAGUUUACUCUGAUUCCUAACAUUAAA